GUAAAAAAAGCUUACGAAUUUUAAAAAUAUUAUUUAUUUUUUGUUGAAAAUUCCAGAAUGUUUAUUUGAGUAUUGCUUCAACUUAAUUUCAAGAUGCCGAAAUCAUUAUAUACAUUGAAACAUGAACAGCUACUGCGAGAUUUGAAAAACACUAUUGAUGGAUUGCUUUCUACUCAAGUAGCGAAUGUUUGGUCUAUUUAUGGAGGUUUAAAUAGAUUACAUAGUUUGAUGGAUAAAAUAUUCAAGCAUGGAUGUAAGCUUAAGGACGAAGGGAAUGGUACAUACUACAAUUUCUUGGAAGGACUUGAAUGGCUUCAACCAAAUACUUCAACUUGUUUCUUCUCGAUAGAUUGUGAAUAUCAGAGUUAUAUGCCAACACACCUUAAAGACAAUAAGGCUGCUAUAUGGCUGUAUAAAAAUCUAGAGAAUCUAUCCCUGUCCACAAAAUUAGGAUGGCUUUUAUCUGAUAAGGGUCAUUUGGGUACAUGUUAUUAUACUCAUGCCUUUUUAUGUAGUGAAGAAUACUCUGAAGCUGUUCUUAUUUGUUUGAAAGCCUUAGAAAGGAAUCAACCUACCCUGAUGGCAGAGAUUAAUCCUUGCUUGUUUUUAUUGCAACCUAAUGCAAGGGAUUUUCAUAAAUUACACAGAAGAUGUUCUUCAUUUCCUGAUAAUUAUCUGGGAAAAAUGGAAAGCAAAUCCAUCAGAAGAAUCAAAAAGUUAGAUGAAAGGCAUAGUAUUUGUAAUGUAAUAGAUGGGAGUCAAAGGUCUAAAAAUAGUGAAAUUGUGUUUAAAUUGAAGCCAUGGAGUAGCACACCAAAUUUAUUUCUAGAUAAAAUGGAAAUUGUUAAGAAAAUUGUUCAAAGUAAAACUGUACCAACUACACCAACACAUAAUAAGAAGAAAGUUAAACCAGUAAGGAAAGAAACUAAAAACUGCACUUUUUUCAAUAAAAAAAAAGAAGAAACAACAAAUUCUACACAUGGGGCUAGUCAAAUUAUGCCAAAGAAUCGAAUAGUUAUAGAUAAUAAAAGUAUUGUUGAGUACACACCAAGUACCUCUUAUAGUAGUGAAGCAACAAUUACAGAAAAUUAUGAUUAUUUUGAACAAAAAUCUUCAGAAGCUGCUAACAAAUCCUCAAUUUCAGUUGUAGACUACUCAUUUAGAGCAUUACCAGGCGAAAAAGAUUACCAAAAAACGCCCAAGAAAUCGUUCAUAGAGGGCGGGGGUAAAACUAUACUUCCUAUGUCUACAGGAUAUAUUCCAACUCCAGUUCAAGGCCAGAGUUUAUUAUCAUUUUUGACAUCGAGUCAACUCACAAGAUCUAAUGCACAAUUAGAUCGUGAGAAUGCCCAUUUCAAUGUUUCAGAAGCGAUAAUUUCUGCCAUUGAACAGAUGAAUUGCAAGAAAGAUUUAAGGUUGAGUGAUGAUCCAACAGAUGACAGCGAUCCUGAAAUUUUAGAGUUGAAGCAAAGAAUAAGGAUCAGAAGAAGACAGAAGAUGGUUGAGAAACAGAGAAGGUUAUGGGCUUCUUCCAUAUUGAUCGAUGGAGGGAAUGAAACUACCAGUGCUAGUCCACCUUCUUCAUCUUCUAAUACAUACUCUGAAACCUCAUCAGAUAAUAUCGAAGACAUCGAAAUAGAUGAAGCUUCUAAUUUAGCCGAAACAAAAGGUCUCUCGAAUUCAAUGGCAUCUCUAUAUUCAGAAGCAGAUUUGAAGAAGACUAGAGGAAUACCAGAUGGGGCAUCUGAUAUUUUAUCGGCAGAAAGUGUUGCGAUUUCGUUAAUAAGCACUUUCAAGGGAAAACGCUUGCCAAAAGCUUCCGAGUUGCAGUGGCUUGUAUCUGAGGAGGAUGCCCCUCAGGCAUUGCUUCCAAUGCCAAAGGGUUGGCCAGUUAAUCCUGAUGAUCAUUUGAGUACAUCGAUAUCUUUGAGGGGUACAGAUGAUUGGGCGCCACCAAGGCCUCAAAUAAUAUUUACUCUACAUCCUUCUUCCACGAGGAAGGAACUAAUGAUCAAGCAAAAUUACAGAUGUGCAGGUUGCGGCAUGAGGGUAGCACCUCAAUAUGCCUCCAAAUUCAGAUAUUGUGAAUAUCUUGGUCGCUACUUCUGUACGGGAUGCCACUCUAAUCAGUUGGCUCUCAUUCCCGCUCGAAUAUUACAUAAAUGGGAUUUUACUAGACUACCAGUGUCUACUUUCUCAUAUAGGCUCUUGGAGCAAAUGUACUCCGAUCCCUUAUUCCGAAUUUUCGAUCUGAACAAAAAUAUUGGAAAGUUUUCCAAAGAUAUAGAAUUCCAUAGGAAAUACUCCCUGGGGUUAUAUUAUUUGAAGGAUUUCAUUCUGUCCUGUGAUGACGCUGAAAGUGUCAGGAAAAUAUUGAAACCACAUAUCAAGUCUUCGAAGGACGAGCUUGAAUUGUACUCUUUGGAGGAUUUGGUCAAGAUCAAAUCGGGGCAAAUGAAAACGGAACUGAAAAAUCUAGUCGACAUAUCAAUCAAACACAUAACAGAAUGUCAGAUAUGUAUGGGGAGGGGACACAUCUGCGAGCUCUGCAAGUCCAACGAGGUGAUAUUCCCUUGGCAACUUUCGCUAGUGACAAGAUGCGACAGUUGCGGUUGCUGUUACCACAAAAAUUGUUGGAAGGUUGGUUCACCUUGUAAAAAGUGUAUUAGACUCAACAGGAGGAGAGAAAGUAAAGUAAGUACUUGUUAACAUUUGGAAGACUGUUUAUUGAUACUUUCCAAAAUAAAUUUUAUCUUUUUUAUUGUUUGUUGCGUUUACAGAAUAUUUAUUAAUUAUAUUGUACCAGAUUAUAUAUAUUAUACCAGAUGAUUUAUAAUAUAUUUUCCAAUUA